AUGGCGAAAUCCCUGAUCAUCGACUACCGCGGCACUGAAAACUCGGCACAGCACCCACCGCAGCUCUACGACGCCCUAAGCUCGAUGCUCAGUGACGCUCUGCCGAACAUCUGCAAUCUGUGGUUCUUGGGGUGGUCUGUCAGCAUGCACUUUGAACUGCUUCUGCGCACGUUUCUCACCAAAACUGCAAAGCCAUUGGAGACUGUCAUCAUCGACAUGCACUACAUAAACUGCUUUGACCUGUCGCUUGGGCUGCAGGGGGAUCAGCCAGGCAUAAUUAACAGCAACCUGGAUCAUCUGCAGGUCCCGAGGCUCUCAGCCAAUGAACUCCAGGCGCUAACCAUUCACUCGAUCACCACGCAUCUGUUCUGGCAUAGAUUCUACGCUCUCCCUAAUGCACAUGUAUUGGAGUUUUCUGCCCUGCGCAGUCUGUCGCUGCGUUUCUCGAGCUCGCUAAUGACUGUGCCAAGGCUGAGUGCCCGCUACCAGCAAAUCAAGUUCCCCUGCCUAACCAAGCUCAGCCUGGAAUGCAGCGGUUUCAGCGCCACCGAGUUCCUGGAAAUAUUCCCCAGGCACCAGAUCCAAGUUCUGGAGGUGCGUGGCAACUGGGAUCAGUUGGAUGUUUCGCCAUUUGUCAACCUGAAGCGACUCGCCAUAGGUGACAUUCCGAAUAACCAUCCGCGCUGGUUCAACAACUCGCUCUGCACUGCCCAAGUCAGGCUCGUGUGCCUGGAGAUAUACUCUCUGCAGUCAUACGAUUUGCCGCAUCUUCUGAAACUGCCAGCCCUUGCAGGGCUGACUAGAUUGGGGGUUGUCUGCACGACCGCAUCAACACUGAUUCCAGGGUUCCUGUUUCCUGAUGCUUUGUAUUCCGACGGUUAUACGCCGCUACAUCGUGGCAUAAAAUACGUGUCCGUGCAUGGACCAGUGCAUAGUUCAGACAUUAAUCGGCGGUGUAUCCAGCAGCUGGUGUGCCUGUUUGGGGCUGGCCCAAGCUUCAAUUGGUGA